CUAAAAACCUAUUCUCAUCCAACACAAAUAUUCACCUUGUAGAUAUAGACCCCUUCAAUGUUUAUAAGACUCACCUUUUAGGGGCGCCUUUAGCAUGAUAGAUGGUUCGAGAGACAUUCAAGGCCCCGUGACGCAUUUAAUUUAAGGUGAAAGCGGUCAUUGAUAUGGCAAUAAUAAACCGCGGCGUACUCAAUAUACUCAACGAGUCAUGAACUUUUAACUCAGUUGAAACGUUACGCUACAUUUCCCAUCGGUGGUUUCCAUAUCCGAGGUAUUCCGGGGUAUUUUUCGGAGGUCAGUAGGUUUGAAAUAUCUGGCUUCGUUUUGGUCAGUGCUACAAUCAUUUCAUGAUUUGAUUGUCACUUUCCUUUUAUCUUUACAGAUAGCUGCUUCGUCCUCUCCAAUGCCCGCAUCGUGGACUACCCAAUCGUCUACUGCAAUGAUGGCUUCAGUAAGUUGUCGGGCUACAACCGCGCCGAGGUCAUGCAGAAGAGUAGCACGUGUAGCUUCAUGUACGGUGAGCUCUCAGACCAGGAGACGGUCACCAAGAUCGAGGCUGCUUUCGAGAAUCAAGAGCAAGAACAGUUGGAAAUAUUAUUAUACAAGAAAAACCGGACACCACUGUGGCUGUUACUCCAUAUAGCGCCAAUCAAAAACGAAAAGGAUGCCGUCGUCCUUUUCCUAUGCACGUUCAAAGACAUCACCGCACUGAAACAGCCAAUCGAGGAUGAUGGUGGAAAGGAUAACGGACCCCAACCCGGUAAUGCAGGGCUCAGUAAAUUCGCGCGCUUGGCUCGGUCAGUUACCAGGAACCGCUCUGUGCUGCUACAGUUCUCGUCAAACGUGCCAAAUACGAAGGUGGACAACACGAAGUUGUCACAGAUUGCAAAUUUGAUGAGUUUAAAUUCUGAGAUUCUUCCACAGUAUCGUCUCGAGGCCCCCAAGACUCCGCCGCACAUUAUUCUCCAUUAUUGCGCCUUUAAGGCCGCUUGGGACUGGAUGAUCCUCGCCCUGACAUUCUACACGGCCGUCAUGGUCCCUUUAAACGUUGCAUUCAAAAACAAAACUAUGGAUACCGUGCCAUUAAUUGUUAUAGACAGUAUUGUCGACGUGAUCUUCUUCAUUGAUAUCAUCCUCAACUUCCAUACCACUUUCGUGGGACCCGAUGGAGAAGUGGUAUCGGACCCGAAAGUGAUCCGCAUGAAUUAUUUGAAGAGCUGGUUUGUGAUUGAUCUCCUGUCGUGCCUCCCAUAUGACGUCUUCAAUGCUUUUCAACACUUGAAUGAAGGCAUCAGUAGCCUGUUCAGUGCACUGAAAGUCGUACGCCUCCUUCGGUUGGGGAGAGUCGUGCGAAAGCUUGACCACUACCUGGAGUACGUGGCUGCUGUACUUGUCCUUCUAAUCUGCCUCUUCGUCCUGGUUGCUCACUGGUUCGCCUGUAUCUGGUACACGAUCGGCCACUCAGAUAUAUACGAUAAAAAGGUCAGGUAUGGCUGGCUGCAAGUCCUCGCGAAUGACACUAUGACACAUUUGAACACAUCAGACAACGAGGAGACUGGCAUCUCUAAAGGCAUGGCGUAUGUGACGGCAAUGUACUUCACCCUGUCGUGUAUGACCAGUGUAGGGUUUGGCAACGUGGCGGCAAACACUGAAGGCGAGAAGGUCUUCACUAUCGUUCUGAUGAUCGUCGGAUCUCUGUUGUAUGCCACUAUUUUUGGUAACGUAGCGACAAUCUUCCAACAGCUUUACUCCACUACGGCGAGAUAUCACGAGAUGUUAAACAAUGUUCGAGAUUUUAUGAAGUUACAUGACGUGCCCAAGUCGUUGAGCGAACGAGUGAUGGAUUAUAUUGUGUCGACGUGGGCCAUUACAAAAGGCAUCGAUACUUCAAAGGUCCUACAUUAUUGUCCAAAGGACAUGAAGGCAGAUAUAUGUGUCCAUCUCAAUCGUAAAGUGUUUAACGAGCAUCCCGCAUUCCGUCUAGCCAGCGAUGGCUGUUUGCGCUCCUUAGCCAUGCACUUCAGUAUGAGCCACAGCGCGCCCGGUGACCUGCUGUUCCACCAGGGAGAGAGUCUGGACUCCCUCUGCUUCAUCGUGUCAGGGUCACUGGAAGUUAUACAAGAUGAUGAGGUGGUGGCCAUUUUAAGUAAAGGCGAUGUCUUCGGUGAUAACUUUUGGAAGGAACAAUCGAUUGGUCAGUCCACAGCCAAUGUGAGAGCGUUGACGUACUGUGAUCUUCACAUCAUUAAGCGAGACCGCCUCUUAGAAGUGCUUGACUUCUACCAUGCUUUUGCCAACUCAUUCGCCAGGAACCUUGUACUUACCUACAACCUCAGACACCGGCUUAUUUUCCGGAAGGUCGCCGAUGUCAAAAGAGAAAAAGAGCUUGCUGAAAAACGCAAAAAUGACCCACCAUUGGAUUUGUCAAGUGAUCACCCGGUUAGGAAACUCAUAUCGAAAUUUCGAAAAAUAAGUGACGCUAAAGUGUUACAGGGGGGCGGUGAUUCUGGUGGGGGUAGCACCCAUGACGUUGAGAAGGGGGAACACACCCCGAACAAUGCUCAUCCGAAUAACAUUGAGGAACGUCCUCGGAGUGCCACGCGUGUGAUAAACGUGACAGAGAAUGCGACGAAUGCGGCGCCGCCUAAACCUGCAGCUAGUAAAUGGGGGAGAUUCCUCGGUGGCGGGGGCGGGGGCGCGGCUGGGGGUGGAGGAGGGAAAAAUACCAACGAGACCCAGGGGAAGCCGGAGAUUGCUGCAAAGCCUGAUUUAGGCACCCCGCGACCGCCCCCGAAACCACUGUCAAAGUGGGGCAGAGUGAUGGGCAAUAAUCGUCAAGAGACGAUACAAGAAUCGACCGAGGAGGACGAACCGAAGUCGAAUUUACGUAAGGCGAAUUCCUCGGAUAGUGGUAUUACGCAAAGUGACCAGAAGUUGGAUCAAAUGGAGGAUGUACAUUUACACAAUCGGAAUAUCGAUCCGUCCAAGAGAGGAGAGAGUGGAAACUCAGGAAGCAGUGGAAGUUCCACCAUAUCAAACGCCGACCGCGAUCAGUUGUUAACAUCAUUGGUUGAUAUCAAGUUAGAAAUAAAAGAGGAGAUUGAAGUCCUUAACCACAAAAUGACGCGGAUUGAUGAACAAAUUGGUGAUAUCUUAAAACUAUUUUCACCGUCGUCGUCGCCGUACUCUUCACACGCAUCUAACGCCUCGACCACCAGCUCGCGGGGCUGCUCGACCAGCAGCAGCUCCGACAGCAACAGCAGCGUCACUUCGCCGAAAACCUCACAACCGUCAUCUCCGCAUAGGACAAACUUAGAAACAAUGCCACACACGAGCAUAGGUCCAAGGACCACUACUUUACCGAGAACGAGUCAAAACAGUGAUUCUGCUCCACCUAAAGCACCGACGCAAGCUUCUUCCAGUAGACAGGGGCCCACUGGGUCCCAAACCUCACUUAAAGACACGGACUUAGCUAGGCCUAUGGGCUCAGACUCCUCAGGGAGGAACACCCCAUCUCCCACCGGUAGUUCCGGUUCCGGUGUUAGAUUUAAGGGCGGUAGGUCUAAACGGCAGGUUCGGCCCGUGGAUGUUGAGGCUGCGAAAGACGAUGACACAGUGCCUGUGAAGGAUCGAGAUUUAGAUAUAUUAUAACAGAUUUGGAUACAUUGUUACAGAUUGGAAAUAUAUGUGAUAUAUUAAAAAUACAUUGGAUAUAUAUGUUUGUCACUCAGUUACUGUCUUCGUAUGAAAGAACUUAAACAUGACCUCAUUGAUUUCUGAUAUCGUGGCAUUUAUAGAUCUAUUCAUAUCAACGAUUCAUGCUUUCUAUGUGACCACAAUGGUGAACUCUCAUACGCAAGUGGUAACUUUAGAAGAUAAUUGUUAACAUCAACAAUUCAUAAGAACAUAAUGUUUGGUAGUAAUAUUCGGCUAAUUAUUAAUUCCGCUAAACGUCUGUGAGGGUUCACCUAGGAGGGACUUUGAACAUUGUAAGGAUAUCAUGCGAAAUCUGUUUCCCUUUUUUCAUUAAUUUAUGUGCUUUGUUCAGAGUUGUUACUACGCGAUGCCUUUUUCAACAAAAAACAGCCGCGACAGAUGCAUCAUCAAAACGUACAUGUAAAGCAUAUCCCGGCGCUGUGACUUUGGUAUCUUUGAGGUUUUUUUAUAUAAGAAUAUCUUCUCAAUGCUGAUGCUUUUUAGUAAAACUAUGAUUAUUUGGUUUUGAGGCGAAGCACUAUAAUAAACAAUGGUUAUGCCCUUGACAAGUGUGAAAAUGUCAGUUUGAUAUAUAGCAGCAUGCAGUUAAAAUUGAAAUUGUCUGUGAUAAUUUUAAAUAGUAUUGAAAAUAUUCCGAAACAUUGCCCGGUGUGUCCUGUAAGAGUAAUAUUAAUGUUCUCGGACAUGUUUCUGACUCUCCUCUGAUACUGCAUCGAAUAUCAGAUAGUUCGAAAUAUUUAAUAGCGGCAUUGGGAAUACCUACGCUGGAAUACUUUUGAAUACUCUGGAAUCUCCAGACUCUCAAUCAACAAGCGUUUAUCAUGCACCCCAAUGAGCGGUAAUCACCAGACAUUAUUUAUUAGACCUUACCCCGCGACCGGAUAGUGUUUAUCUUCCUCUCCACGAAACGGAAAAUGGGUGUCGGUGGUUGCCAUGGUGAUAGGAGUUCUGUUGAUCAGCGUUUUUGCUUCUCCAUCAAUGUAUACGUAAUUAGUACUUAGGCAGCCUUAAUUAACUAUCAGUAAUUCUCAUUGCAUGAGGGAGUGAAAUCGGGUACAAGAAAAACGUUCAAGAACGGCGGUCACUUUUACUGAUUAGUCGAGGCCAAGCAUUUGGCACGACUGAUAUGUUUUAGCAGGGAUUGCAGCAUGAGCUAGCAGUUAUAGUUUUAAUAAGAAAAAUGGUAUCACAAGCUACUUGACACUGCUUUAGGGUUGAUCCUCUGUUGUGACAUUAACAGCAUAUUUGAAGCGCUUUGAUAAUGCCAACAGGGGAGCCGCCAUGUUGUCGUUUUAGGACGAUUUUCUUUUGAUGUGAUUGCGAGAAGGUGUUGGUUAUCCAUUACGUGUAUUUGCCCUAGCCAGUUGAUGCCUAUUGACCCCCAUGAAAGCUGUUUUACGGGGUGAAAGUUAUCAAGAUUUGCCCUUAUAACCCUUUGAUAAAACCGGGAAGCAAUGGGGAUUAAGGCCUAUGUGUGAGCAGGCUUUGUUUAAGGACAAUAGACCGUGUAUUGGGUCAGGCCUGAAUUCUUUUUAUUGUAAGGUAAGGGCCCAAUAACGUAAUGGUCAAAUUUUUGUCUCAACAGAUCUGCUGCUAACAAAAGGUACGCCGUUAGCCUAGCAGCUGCAAAAACAACUUUGGUCGCCACUUUAUUGCAACCCUGUCGAAAAUGUCGUCGUCGACACUGUUGGAAACACAAUCUAGAUUAAAUUAUUUAUAUUUUUAACUUGGCGAUAUGAGAAUAUUAAACAUGACAUUUCAUUGCAUCAUCAUCACCAUAAUUUAUCAAAAAAACUUAAUUCGAAUGAAUAUAAUUUUUUACUCCUUUCAUGUUUUUGUCUUUCUUAUAUCACCGUGAUGAUUUUUAUGCACAUUUUUCAAUUGUAAACAAAUCUGCCACAGAGUGUACUUUUCUGACAUCGGAAUGGAAAAGACCGUUGUAAUGACAUGUCCUUACUAUAAAGCCAGAGAUUGUCUGUCUUACGUGAUUUUGCUGCAAUAUUAUGACCAUUGCUUUCAGUUCGGAAAUGAACAUGAAGGGUAAGACCUUGUUUGCAAAUGUCAUAUAUUUCAUGAAUUUCGUAAGAGCCUACAAGUAAUUGGCAUGAAGUUAGGUAAGGCGUUUUAUGCCCUCAGGUAUUCAGUCACCUCAGCUUGGGAAGACAUAAUGCUGGAUAGCUAACUGGCCAUCCAGGGUAAAGUCAUUUUUGCAUGUGCUGACGUGGCCGAUCAAUGAAAUCCCUUUAGAUGGCGUUGCGUUGACAUUAUUCAUCCGAUUUUGAUCUCUGAUAUUUUCAUAUUUUCAAUUCUAUAUAUGUGAGUGUGCGUCUGUAUUUUUAUAGAAAUCUUGUUGAUUUCAAGUUACACGUUUUUAACCCGUUGACUUGACUGUACAAAGACACUUCUGACCUGAUAUGUAAAAUAUGAUAUCUCUAUCGCAUUUUUAUCAUGAACAUAGACUUGACUAUAGUUCAUGCUUCAAUCAAUGGAGAAAAGGGGCCGGAGUUCGCAGUCAAAUUUCGGUUUUUAAAACAGCAUGCAGUAGUGCUCGGAAAACAAAACAUGCCCUUUUUAGGAAUGGUUUGUUCUUCUAUCUCGGAUCUCAAAAGCUUUGUGGAAUAAACUGUGAUAUUGGGCAUUACAAAAGCAGUGGUUUAAUGUUGUAGGCUAUGAUUGUUAUUUGUUCUGUAGGGCAGCCAUCUUUGAUGUUCAAAACAAGAAGGUAACAUUUGGAAUUUGGAGAUUGUUUCAAUGACUCCCCAUCCUUUACUCCAUCAACCACCAAUUAGGGCCUUAUUGCUUUAUUAUUGUUGUUGUAAACACUGCAAAUGUAGGUCAAACGAAUACUAUAAACAUGCAUAUUUCGGAGCGUUUAUCUUUUUAACUAAAAAUUAAUCGACGUAAAAUCUUCUCGAACUUUAGCGCUGCGAACAUUUGCUGGUUUACUGUAGCACGUUGGGUUUUCAAACCAUUCCACGACACACGCUAUGCACCAUACGCGUUAUGUUGUAACGAGCAUGCCACGGGAGGAAGACGAGUUGCUGUCUGAUAACCCCAGAAAAUUUUCACAGUCAAUACUAUAUGUAUAAUUUGAUAUAUAAAAUGUACGGUUACUACAUGUUUACUGCCAUUUUCACCAUCACUGUGUCUGUCAAACCGUAAAGGAGAUAUACAGUAUUUCAACAACAUUUUAACAUAAGCUCUCUGAAAAAAAAAAAUUUAAUAUGCUCUCCAACAAGUUUAACUUCCAUGCUAUCUUACGCCAAAAAGUGGUCGGAGGUUCUUGAUACGUCUUCUUCCCGUGGGUCGCUCUUAAUUUUUUCAAUAUUUUUUAUAAUCUGUGAUUAAAAUUCCAUCCACUCUUUUAUGUACACCAUAUAUGCACUAACAUUUUAAAUGUUAUCCACCGUCAACUCGCAUGUCUUCUCUACAGACACGUGUAUGUACUAAUGUUGCUCUGCUCCUGUAAUGCAUAUUUUGAGGUGAGUGAAUAUUUACCUCUUCGGGCCAAAAUGUGGCCAACCCUGUAUAGUAUUUGGGUACUUUAGGUUGGGUAGUUCCCUUUCUGCUCGCUUCCUUAAUAAAUAUAGUUGUUUUUUCUCUCCAACGAAUGCGUAUUCCAUUUGAACAUGUCACAUUCUCGGUUAGUCUCUUAAAUCCUCAUUUAGAACCGAGAUGUCGCAUCUUCAAGUAACCAGCGAGAUCAAGGUCUACAUUGUAUGAUCAAAUCCUGAGAAUGUACCUGCACCUUGAUUCUAGGUCGGAUUAGCAGAGUAUUUAUGACCAAGUUUAAGAGCAACCUCUCAUUACGUGUACACGCUAGAAUUUAGCAAGAGAUUCUGUUUACCUUGAUGUGGAAUUAAUCGGUUUUGUUAUACAUUCCAAUGUAUAAAAUAAACUGAAUAGUCUCAUUCCCUUGUAUCUCUCGAUACCUACAUUACAAGAGUUUACAUUUCUGUGCCACUGUAAAUACAUUUUUGAUGUUUUUGAAAGUAUUUUAACACACUUUUCCUACAUGUGCACCUGCCAUACAUUUCAAUCGCAGCAGCAGCCACGCGGUAUCGGCGGCCAUGCGCUCAAAUGACUUUUAAUAUCUAUCUGUAUCCUUGUUCUUAAAAAUCACUCACGACUUUGUUAUUAUUCUUUACGUACAUGUACAUUUUAAUACGAUUAUGCCCGUUAAAAACACGAUAUCGAGUACUUUUCUCUUGUUAUCUCAAAAACGAAGUCCCGCACUUUUUCAUCAACAUUGAGUGUAUAAUGCUGGUAGAAAAAAACUCUGAGAAAAAAAAUAUCCGAUGGAAUAUUUUGUGUUAACAUGAGUUUUUGUAAUUAGGCAAUGAUAUUUCUUGAUGUCAACAAUCUUUGCGCCAGCCAACCUCUAUUAGCCCAUAAGGCCAGUUGUCCUGGUUAUCCUUUUAUCGAGUUUCGAUUUUUCCAGAAAGUUGGUGUGUUCUUUCUAAUAGCUAAAAUUGCCAUCAACGUGGUUUCAUAUGCCGAUUCAAUGAAAAGAUGUGUAAAGUUGCAUUUAUCUAACAUAGUCUACCUGUCCUAUACCUACCCACCGUAAUUCCAGGAAGCUCUCGACUAUUAAGUGGGAUGGGACAAUCUGUAUGUUAUCUUAUGUAGCAUACAACAAAUGUAUUGCACACAUUGGCAAAUUUCUAUAAGUGAAUGUACAGUACAUUCAACAUUUCUAUAAGUAAAUGUAUUGUACAUUACAUUUAACAUUUCUAUGUGUAAAUGUACUGAACAUUGUAGCAUGUAAAUGUUCUGUACAUACAUUCAACAAAUGUAAUGUAUAGAGGUUCUUCACGUGACGUCCCGACGUGACAUUUUGGCGGCCACCUGCCAAUGCAUUUCCUUUACGCUGAGACCACGUGUGACAGCCAAUAUGGCUGUGCAAAUCAAUUGGCAACGUCAUCAUGUGACGUCAGUGAAGAACCUCUAUACAUUGCAAAAUUUCUAUAGGUAAAUGUACAAUGCAUGCAACAUUUCUAUGUGUAAAUGUACUGUACAUUUAGCAUUCAGUGUGUAUGUGUACUGAACACUUCAACAUGUAAAUGUACUGUACAUUGCAGCGUUUAGUGUAUGUUUUAUCACUUUACUUAAACUAUAGUAGGCAAAUGUACGCCGUGUACCCUUCUGCUACAUUCUUUUACCCUCAUGAAGCUGUAACUUGUACAGAUUGUGCUCAAUUAUGUACAA